AUGGGCUCUUUUAAGGAAAACCGUAAGAUGCUAAUGUUAUCCUUUCAAAAUAACUGGAUCACAGAAGGUGAAUUUGUAUUACUUUAUGAAGCAAACUGCUCAAAAAAUUUGAUUUUUCCUCAUGCCGAGUACGAUCGCUUCAACCUCCAAGACAUGGACGAAACAGAGUGUUUGAGAGAAUUUCGUGUUCGCAAACUGGACGUACCUCGCUUGGCUGAUGCCCUUGGUCUACCAGAAACUUUGAGCUGUCCACAGAGGACGAAAACAGGACGAAUUGAAGGACUCUGUAUACUGUUAAAGAGACUUGCUUACCCCUGCAGAUAUAGCGACCUAAUUCAUCGUUUUGGCCGUGCAGUACCCGAGUUAAGCAUGAUUUAUAACACGAUGGAGGACUGGAUAUAUCAGCAUCAUCAUGACAAAAUAACCCAGUGGAAUGAUAACCUGCUAAAUAGUAACGCUCUCCAGUUAUAUGCCGAUGCUAUAACACAAACAGGAGCUGCUUUGACCAACUGCUUUGGCUUUGUCGAUGGUACGGUGCGCCCUAUUUGUCGUCCAGGAGAAAAUCAGAGGAUUGUGUACAACGGACACAAGCGAGUUCACGCUUUGAAAUUUCAGUCUUUGACCCUCCCAAACGGAAUCAUUGCCCACCUGUUUGGUCCUGUAGGUAAGCGAGCAGCUGACAAACAGCACAUUAUUCGAUCAUUGUUUUUGUUACAUAUUUACUGAAAUUCACAAGCCGGUAUGUAAACAAAGCCUCCGAAUGGUCGCUGAACAAUAGUAAGCCAAUCAAAUGCAUUGUUUACAAACCGGUUUGUGAAUAUGAUUAUGACCUUUUGAACUUCCCAAGUUUAAUCCCAACGAAGUUUGUAAUGAAGUUCGCAACAUUCAGGGAAACGUUAUGUGAAAUCAACUGUAACUGCAGACAUUACAUUAAUUUACCUGUAAUUUGUAUCAAUUGAAGAAAUAUGCCAAAUCCUGGCCAUAACAAUUCAUAUAAUAAAUUUAUAUAAGCUCUAUGUAUAGGAAAUAGCUAUAAACAGUAUAAUAUAAUGUAACAGAACUGAGUAUUACAUUUAAUGCCUGUAUUCUAAAAGCUCACACUCAAAGAGUGAAAGUUCAAUCUGAGCUUAAUUCCUUGGGUGUCAGUGCGGUUUUUGAAUGGCUGGAGGGUUAGUAUUGUACCUUACUAUAUGUGACUAUUCACCCUUCAACUAUUCAAAAACAGCAUUGACACUCAAGGGAAGUUUAGAUUGAACCUCCACUCUUUGAGUGUAAGUGAGAUUUUAGAUUGCAGGCAUAUCAUGUCAAUUGCCUGUUGUUGUUAAUUCAUUGUUAUGAUACUAUAGAAGGGAAAAAACACGACUCCGCCAUGCUGACAGACUCUGGUCUCCUUGAGGAACUUGAGCAACAUGCUUUUUCACCAACAGGAAAUACCAUAUGCAUUUAUGGUGACCCAGCCUAUCCCCUGAGGAUACAUCUACAAGCACCAUUUCGUAACAGGGCUCUCACACCACAAAUGGAAGCAUUCAAUAAAUCCAUGAGCUCUGUCCGUACAUCUGUGGAGUGGAUUUUUGGAGAUGUAAUCAGUUCAUUUAAAUUUUUAGAUUUUAAAAAGAACCUUAAGAUUGGUUUGAGCACAGUCG